UGAUGAAAGUGACCCACCCACUACAUGUGAUGUGUGAAGAGUACUAAAGGCAGGAAUGAACACCGGUGAAUCAAGUCAGAGGUAACACCAGAGAUGAUUGUCUUGCUAGUAACUUGCCUUGUUGCUCUUCUGUGUCCCAUCGUCCGCAGUGCGGACACUCCAUUGGUAUGGUGCUAUCACAAGCCAGCAUGCAAUUUUAUCACCUGGCCCAAGAUUGCCUCACAAUAUUGCAACGGAUCCCAACAAUCUCCCAUUAAUAUUAUGACUGCAAGCGUUCAGCAAAAUCCUAACCUGACCGCCUUUAACUUAACUGGUUUUGAUGACAACUCCACCUUCAUGUCAAUAGCAAACGCUGCUGACUCUGUGGUGGUCAACCUGGAUGAUGAGAAAAUUAAAGUGCAAGGAGGCAACCUUCCUGGUGUAUACAACACCAAACAAUUCCAUCUCCACUGGGGUAAUGGCAGCUCCUCGCCUGGCUCCGAACACAUGGUGGAUGGCAAACAAUACCCAAUGGAGCUGCACAUUGUAAGUGUCCAUUCAAAAUACAACGGGAACGUGUCAGCUGCUCUAGCUGCCAAAGACAGCACAGGAUUGGCUGUUCUUGGUUUCUUCAUUGAGGGAACCAAUGAAGUGAACAAAACAAAAAGCUGGGAUAUCCUAACAUCCUAUUUGACAAACAUACGCAAUUCAGGUGAGCAAACCUCAGACAUCAUGAAUCAAAUCACACUGAACAGUCUGAUCGAAGGUGUGGACAGGACUAAAUAUUACCGUUACCAAGGCUCUCUAACUACACCCGACUGUAAUGAAGUUGUGAUUUGGACUGUCUUUAAAGAGCCCGUCAGAGUCAGUCACGAUUUUAUUAACCGCUUCAGCACAACUGUCUUUUUCAAAGAUGGAAGUGCUUCAGUUCUGAACACCUACAACUUCAGGGGAGUUCAGCCCUUGAAUGGCAGAGUUGUGACGUCACAGGUCACAGUGCCGUCUGCAGCACCUCCAUCAUCCACUUUAUCUGUUAUCACCGUACUUCUCUUGUCCAGUUUGUAUUUGCUGUAAAAAAUGCUUUGCAAACACGUUUUAUGAGCUGAUUUUAUUUCAAUUAUGUCUACUUCAUUGAUUGCAUUUGAUUGUGGUGGUUUCUGUAAUAUGUAGCUUUUUGUGGGGAAAAAAAGAUGUAAAUUGGGGGUCAAUGACAUGAAGGUAUUUUUACCAAUUGUAUUUCUAUUUGUACCAAGUGUACUUUUAAACGCACAAUUUACAGUAUCAUCUGUGAGUCCUUAGGAUAUCAAUUAUUAAUAUAUAUAUAUAUAUAUAUAUAUAUUAAAUCUCAACUCUUAUGCUACCUUCACGUUCUGUUGAGAGGCAUUCGCGUCUAAUUUCCAAUUAGGAAACUUUACGUACAUUUUGAUAGCACAUGAAUGUGUAGCAUGCAGCAUCAGUUUAAAACAGCUAAAAUCAUACAGAAUCUUUAUGUUUUAAAUGAACCUUCUGUUAUCUGCAAUUUUAUUCAACAGUAGGUGAUUCUAUAGUAUUUAAGAUGACACAUUUAAAUGUCUAAAGCAUGACAGCUAUUAAACCUGAAAUAAUAAAUGUUUGCUGUUUAAUAACAAA